AUGAGAGAGGCUAAGGUGGCGGUGGUGGGCGCGGGCGUGGUGGGCUUCUCCACAGCCGUGCGCAUUGCCGAGAUGCUCCCACGCUGCUCUAUCACCUUGCUGGCCGACAAAUUCAGCCCGGACACUACCAGCGACGGGGCAGCCGGGAUACUCAUUGUGGAACCUUUUCCAGAUAUCCCUUUGGAACGACAGAGAUGCUGGUUUCGUGACAGCUUUGAGCACCUGCUUGACAUCGCGCUGUCCCAAGAUGCGGCCGAUGCUGGUGUGCUGCUCAGCUCAGGCUAUACAAUUUUCACCGAGCCCCCUGUCGACAAGAGACCCUACUGGUGGGACAUCGUAUUGGGUUUUCGCUACCUGAGCGACCGCGAGCUGCGACGCUUUCCCGGGUACACAUUCGGCCAAGCCUUCACCACCAUCAAGUGCGAGUGUGCAAGCUACUUGCCGUGGCUACACAAAAGGUUCACGCAAGCCGGUGGUAAAGUGGAGCAGAAGAAAUUGUCUAGUCUGGAUGAGUUGCGAACGGACUACGACGUCAUCGUUAACUGUUCGGGUCUGGGAUCGGAAGAUCUGGCGGGAGAUGCCGACGUGUACCCGGUCAGAGGUCAGGUGGUGAAAGUGGACGCCCCCUGGCUGCAGCAUUUCAUCCGCGCUGAUGCCGGGGAGUGGUACGUCUACCCCGGCUCCCGCUACGUGACCCUGGGUGGAACGAAGCAAGCGAGAGAUAGGCGCCUGGAUUCUGACCCCGGGGACGCUGAAGCCAUCCUUGAGCACUGCGCCAGAUUGGAACCAUCCCUGCGUCAGGGCAAGGUGCUGGGCCACUGGGUCGGGCUCAGGCCCUACAGGAGGAAUCCCAGGGUGGAAAAGAUGCCGCCCCUGGCAGAUGGCAGACACGGGGCGCUGGUGGUGCACAACUACGGCCACGGGAGCUACGGCAUCUCCCUGGCUUGGGGGACGGCCGUGGAGGCUGUUGAGCUGGUCAGGUGCUGCCUUGAAGAAAUGCAUCCUACUGCCAAAUUGUAA